UAGUGCAAAGCCAGCAAAGGGGGUGGAGGGGAAGAGACAGGGUCCUGGGACCAAAGCUGCAGACUUUGGUCCUUCUUUGUGGCCCAGACGGCUAUCUGACCAGAGGAGUCCCAAGGCCAGCCUAGAGAGCCAGUGAGCCGGGCAGUGGGGCAGCCCAGGAGGGCCAAAGUUGGUGGCCGUGGGGCUGAGGUUGGCCAGGCGCUGGGGCCCAGGCCUGCCAGGCAGGAAGUAGGGGGAGAGCAGGAGUGAGGGAGGGAACCCGCCGCCAACCGUCCAGUCAGCCAGCCAGCCAGCCCUGGGAAGGCUCUGCAGAGCUGUCAGUGUGUCAGGAGCCAGAGCCUGGGAGUAGAGCCCUCCGGACGCCUGGCCACAGAGGAGGAGGGCCAGUCAGGGGCCACGGCCACAACUGGGCCUGUUCCACACUGUGGCAGCUGCAACUGCCACACCACUGAAGCUGUGGCUCAGGGCCAUGUGCAGCUGACCGGAGCCCCCGGGCACGGCACGAGGAGAGCCCGGGAUGGCCACCACUGCCACCACUGCCACAGCAUGGCUCUGGGUCUGGUGGGGCCUGCUGGCCGGCCUGGCCUGGGCCAUGAACUAUCCCCCCAGGUACAGCCUCUACACGGGGGCCGCCCUGCCCUUCUCCCAGCUCCAGGGCACCACCGCUCAGGCCCCCGGUGGGCCUCGGGUGGCCAGCCGCCACAGGAACUGGUGCGCCUACGUUGUGUCGCGCAGCAUCAGCUGUGUGGUGGAGGAUGGCGUUGACACCUACGUGAAGCCGGACUACCAGCCGUGUGUCUGGGGGCAGCUGCAAUGCCCGCGGGUCCUGACGUACCGGAGUUUUAUGCGCCCACGCUACAAGGUGGCCUACAAGACCGUCUCGGACAUGGAGUGGCGCUGCUGCCCUGGCUACUCGGGUGACGACUGCGCAGAAGGAGGGGUGCCCCUGACCACCCCGCGGCCGCGGCUUCCUCCUGGCCGGCCCAACCUUUCUGGCUUCAGCAACACACUUAGCAGUUUGGGUGGAGAAGGUCACAGGGACUCAGAGAAGGUCCAGCAACUGGAGGAAAAGGUCCAGCGCCUGAGCAAGCAGCUGCAGGACAUGCAGUCCACCCUCAACGCCAACAACGCCAAGCUUACCGAGGACAUUCGCCGAGCUGUGGAGACCUCCCUGAACGGCAAGCAGCCGGCAGAUGCGGCUGCCCACCCUGAGAUGAAGGAGACUCUCAAUGAGAUCCAGCGCCACCUUCAGCGCCUUGACAACCGCAUCUCUGACCACGAGAAUGGCCAGGGGGCGGCAGGUGGUGGCAGCAGCAGCUCGGACGUCCGGGGUGAAGUACUCCGAGAGGUGGAGCGCCGUUUGCAGGACUCAUGUGCCUCCUGCCUGGCCGGGGUGGAGGGGCUUCAGCGGCAGCAGGUGGAGGACCGCGACCGUACACGGGCCCUGGAGAAGCUCUUCACUGCUGUGGACCAACGGAACCGAGAUGCCAUGGAUGCUAUCCGGCAGCAUGUGGGCCGCCUGGCCAAUCAGCUGCCUAAGGAGAACUGCUGCACACAGCUGGACAGCCGGAUGGGUGGGCUGGAGCACCGCUUGGACGCUCUCUCAGACUCCCUGGACACAUUGACCGAGCAGGCAGGCAGCCCAGGACCACAGUCCCCUCCCUGGGGCCUGGACCAGCGCAUGUCUGAGAUGGAGAGCCGCGUCAACACCACACGGCGUGGCCUGGAGGAGCAUUUCGCAGACCUGCAUGUGAUGCUGGAGGGGGCUGAUGAGAGGCUGCGGAGGGCUGAAGGGCAGCUGGACUUUGUUUUCUCCCGCCUGAAUGACUUCCAGAGUCACAUCCACCGGGCCCUGGCCAACCUCUCGCGGGACGUGGGGGUCCUGAAGGACAGCAGCCUCCAGCAGCAGGGAGCCCUGGACCGGGUGCGUGGCUCCGUCCACACCUGCACCCAGAUCUGCACCCCACCAGGUAACCAGGACUCCCAGAUCAGCGACAUCUUGAGUGACCUGGAGCGGCGGGUGCUGGACAACGAGGGUCAGCUGCGCCUCCUGGGUGCCAGCCUCCACCAGCUGGACCUCUCAGGAAAACUGCGCCAGCUGCAUGGGCUGGUGGGGGCCAACAGCGAAGGCCUGAGCAAGCUGGCCGGGGAAGUGGGCGAGCUGGAGAACCGGCUGGUGGUCUCCGGGAGUGCCGGACCCCCAGACCUGGCCCGUUAUGCCAACUGGACCAACCAACGCCUGGAGAGGCUGGAGCAGGAAGUAGAAGGGUUGGGGACCUGCUCCAUACUGCGUGGUGAAGUGGACCAGCUCCGGACGCAGGUGGAGGCCUGCCAGCCGGUCUGUCAGACAGCGGGAAAGAGGCUGGACCCUCUGGGCGGUAGUGGCGGUGGAGAGCGUCCACUGCCAGGGGAGGCCUCCAAGCCCCUGGAUGGUUUCAGCGUGAUUGGGGGCACCUCAGCGGUCCACCUGCAGUCGCUGCAAGGUGAGCUCUCAGAGGUGAUCCUGGGCUUCAGCUCCCUGAACGAGACGCUGGCUGGGCUGCAGGCCACGGUGGAGAAGCACCAGACGGACAUCCAUGAGCUGGGCAGCACCAAGGACCGCAUUAUUGCUGAGAUCAACCGGGUGCAGCAGGAGGUGACAGAGCACGCCAGCGAGAGCGAGGAGCGCUUCCGCGGGCUGGGCCAGGACAUCCAGCGUUUCGGUGGGACCCUCCGGGUGGAGGCCUCUGACUGCCGGCGGGCCUCCGGGGGUCUGGCCGAGCGACUGGCCAAGCUGGAGGGGUCCUGCGAGCGGCUGGACCACGUCUCCGGGAGUCUGCGGAAGAUCAAGGAGGGUCUGGACAAGCAUGUCUCUGCCCUGUGGGGCUGCCUGCGCGAAGUGAACGGGACCCUGCGCACCCACGAGGCCCUGCUGGACAAGAUCCACAGCAACCACCUGGUCACCUUCCACCGCCGCCUCAGCACCCUCAACGGAUCCCUCCAAACCCUCCAGGAUCAGCUCCACGGCUUCACCUUGCAGGACUUCACAGGCCCUCCAGGACUUCCAGGACCUAUAGGGCCCAUGGGGAGACAGGGCCCCCCAGGCCCAAUGGGACCCCCUGGGAAGGAUGGAAGGAUGGGCUCCGUCGGGCCCCCAGGUCUCCCUGGAGAACAAGGGCUCCCUGGUCCAGUUGGAACGAUGCCCAAAGUCUCCUUCACGGCAGCGCUGACCUCCCGCCACCUGGACACGGGCACCAUCGUCUUUGACCGGGUUCUGGUGAACGACGGUGACUUCUACGACCGGGACUCUGGGAUCUUCACCGCUCCCGUUUCCGGACGCUACUUGGUCAGUGCCGUCUUAACUGGACAUCGAGGCGAGAAAAUUGAGGCGGUCCUGUCACGCUCCAACCAGGCCAUUGCCCGCAGCGACUCGGCUGGCUACCAGCCCGAAGGCUUGGAGAACAAACCCGUGGCCGAGCGCCAGCCCAGUGCCGGGGCCCUGGCGGUCUUCAUCCUCAUCGUCCCCAUGGAGGCCGAGGACACCCUCUGCGUGGAUCUGGUCUCGGGCCAGCUGGCCUACUCGCCGGACGAGCCCCUGACCGUCUUCAGCGCAGCCUUGCUCUAUGAGGAUGGGUUGGGGGUCUAGGUGAGCUUGAGGAGGAUCAGGCGGGCACAGUGGGCAUUCCCCAGCAGCCCAGCCUGGAAAGGGAGGGAUUAGGGAGCCCACCCACCCCACUCUCUUGCCGCCCCCAUCCAGGCUCCCUUCCUCCCCUUCUGAGCUGGUGCUACUGUCCAGAGGUCUGCCAUCUGAGCUUGGAGGCUGGUAGCUUGACUUCAGUGACUCCUGGGCAGGGAGGGUCUCUGUGCUACUCAGGACUUUCCAAUGCCUGUGGGCACCACUUGUCCCUUUCCUACAGCCAUAGCCAGCUGACAAGCCCCUGGCAUCACUCAUGCCUUCUGUGCCCUCUGCCACAGCCAUCCUGUGGUCCAAAAUGGCUGGAGGGUGCCACUCCCAGUGCCCAUCCAAGCCAACAGAGCCAACCAGUUAGGAAAUGGAGGGGGAGAAUGGAAAAAGAGAGGGAUAGAGUGUAUCCUUUUUGUUAUUUAUCUGCGUCUGUUUUUCCCCAAGGAAGCUUCUCCUCCUUUUCCCCACUCCGUCCUUCCUCUGUUCCUCCUGCCAGCACCAGCCUCCUCACUGUGCCACCAUUGUGCCACCUCCUGCUGGCUUCCUGCCUCGCUCACGCUUUGCCACAGCUGGCACUGCCUCCUCUCACUGUGCCAGGUGCAGAGCUCUUCAAAAGCCAUGCCACGCCAUGCCAGCUACAAAGAGGGCAAGGCCUUGGUAUUGCCAGUCUCCAGGGAGACUGAAGGAGACACCCCACGCGAGAACUUUUGGCUGAGUUGGACGCAAAGGGCCGGGUGGGAGAGGAGGGUUUGGAAGGAGCCCCCUCCCCACAGGGUGCAGGGUCUCUCCUAGGGUUGACCCCUCGCGUAUUUGCUGUAUAAUGGUCAAACUCUGCUCCAGGUAUGAUGGUUGUUGAAUAAAGAAACACUUUUCUUUUUUUAAAAAA